UCUGCAACGAUCGAGCGUGGAUCGAGCCAAAGGCAAACCCCUGCUCAGUGCGGACAGUUCAGUUUCAGUCGAGCUUUCGAGCAGAAAAUUUUUUCCCCAGUAUCAGGCGAAACAGAUAAGCAAAAACCUCCCCGAUUGUCCAUUUAGAUUGAAUACUCACGUGUGCGACUGUGUGUGUGUGUGUGUGGCUUUCUUUUCUUGCUCGAGUGCAGUGGCUGGUAGUGCAUACGUAUAGUGUUGUGAGUAUAUUUCACCCAACCGUGUACUGAAAGUUUGCUGGGAGAAAGUUCUCAGCCCCUCCCCUUCCGGUUAGUGUUAGUGAGUGAUUUUGCCUUCCCCUCUUCCCUGAACCAACCACCGAGCACGAACGACCCAUCGCAAGUGAUAAGAGCAAAGGUUUUCCCUUCUCCUCCCUCCCCUUUCCACCUGACCGGCUUUAGGCCGGUUGUACUCCUCGCUCUCUUUCUCUUUCUCUCCCUUCGUCCGUACCCUUGUUGUGCGCCCUGGUAGCUUCUAGGGGGUGGUCAGCCUGUAGGACCGCCGCAUCAGCAUGACGCUGAAAGACGAAAUCCUGACCGCCGAUGUCAAACCCGACUUCGGCGUGUCCUAUAGCAAGGAAGACAACCUUCUGCCGUCGAAACGCCAGCAAAGCGCACCUCAGGCGCCCCCAGCCGAACCGACAGCAACACAGCCCUCCCAGCGUACCCGGGAGCCCGAAUGUGUUGCGGCCCAUCGCCCUGAGUCACAGCGACUGGCGACGAGGCCGAUCUAUCACUACCGUCCAUGCAACACGACGUCCUCCGGGCUGCGCUACUCCAACGAUCCCAACGAACCCGACGACGAUAACCCUAGCGAGGGAUUUAAGAUGUACGAUAUUUUGGUUGUGAACAAAAACUACGAUGCCGAAGGACCGGACUCGAUCUCGGUGCGCGUCGGCGAUCUGGUCGAGGUCCUCGAUAUGGGCGAUUCGGCCGUCAAUGCGGCAAAGAAGCCGAAGCUCGAUCCGCAGAUGAACAUUGGCCAGAGCGAGGACCGGCUCGACAGCUCGGCCUCGAGGCACAAGCUGGCGGUGAAGCCGAAGAAGAACCACCAGAGCUCGUCCCAUCGUCGUAGCGUCAGUCCACAGCCACCGUAUCAACCGAAACCGAACGAGAAGUGGAAAGUACGAAUCUUUGACGGUGACGACAACGCGAAAGCCGGCUGGAUACCGGUGUCCGUGCUGGACAUCAAUCAUACCGAGCAGGCCGUGUUCGGCGAGAAGUCCAACGAUGCCGCCUAUCGGCGAGAAGCCGUCGUUCGCGAGCUGGUCGAAACGGAGGAAGAGUUCGCCAAGGAUCUGCAGCAGGUCGUCGACAACUACCUCAAGUACAUCGACAACAAGGACAACAAGGUGCCGCGUGUGGUGCGCGAUCACAAAGAUGACAUCUUUAACAACUUCAAGCAGAUUGCGGACUUUCACAACACGGUACUUAUCGAGGGUGUGAAGUACUACGCAAACAAUCCGAAGAUGAUCGGCAAAACGUUCCUGCGGCUCGAGCGCGACUUCGACAAGCAUGUCAAGUACUGCCGCGAUGCACCGGUUGCGCAGGAAUUUCUUGCAUCGAACGAUGCCAUCCGAGACUUCUUUAUGGAGCUAUCGGCGAACAUCGACGACGAUAAAAGUCUCACCGAGCAUCUGAAGCUUCCGAUCCAGCGUAUCAACGAUUACAAACUACUCUUCAAGGAACUGCUCAAGUACUCGACCGCACUCGGCGAAAAUGUGCUCGACAUCCAGAAGGCGCUCGAGCUGAUGCUCUCGGUGCCGAGCCGGGCGGCGAACAACAAAUUUCUCGAAGCGAUCGAAGGAUUCCGAGGCAAUCUGCAGAAGCUGGGCCGCGUGCUCGCCCACGAGUACUUUGGCGUGCGGGACCGGGAGAACAAGAUCAAGGAGCGCUACCUGUUCCUGUUCAAGUCGCGCAUCCUCGUCACGAAGGUGAAGCGCCUGUCUGACGAUCGGUCGAUCUUCAUCCUGAAGGACAUCGUGCGCCUGCCGGACUGCGAGCUGCGGGACAUCGAUACGCGCGCGUUCGAGCUGGUGCCGAAGGGCAAGGGCUCCGAUCCGGUCCAUCUGAUCGCCUACUCGGAGGAGGCGAAGCAGCGCUGGAUCUACGAGAUUAGCGAGUACGCCAACAACGCGGUCGCGCUGCAGGAACACUCGAACGACGAUCUGCGGCUCGAUCCGACGCAAACCAACAUCGACGACAGCAUCAUCAAGCUGCCGCAGCGCAUCGAGGCGCACAAGACGGACGAAAACAUCAAACCGUCCGACAUUGCGGACAGCUACGUGGUGUUCAAGCACAAGACGAGCCGGGACGAGUCGCACCAGGCGCUGCAGAAGAUCCAGUACCUGCAGCAGCAGCAGCAGCAGCAUCUGCCCCAGCAGCUCGGCGAGUCGGCGGAGCCGGCAGUGGUGGUGGAGGAGGAGGAGGAAAAGUCCGCCUCGGUCCAGGAACGGUUGGCCGCGUUCGAGGUGAAGAAGUCGGCGAAGAAGUUGGACCUAACGCACACCAAGCAGCAGGAAGCGAUCGCCGUAGCGUCGAGCGUGGUGCAGUCGGAAACGAAGACAGCUUCGUCCGUGUCCUCAUCAUCCGUGUCCGUUACCUCCUCGUCCGUGUCCGUGAAGGAGGAGCAACACGAGCGAUCGGUUGCCGUGAAACGCCAACAGGAGGUGCAGCUGGAAAGCUCGGUCACGAAGAGCAGCAAGUCGGAGAGCAAGACGGUGUCGUCCGUGUCGUGCUCCACCAGCAACUCCAGCAUCAGCUCGUCCCAGGAAUCGUCGCUCGCUGAAACUCAGCAAACGCAGCAGCAGCUGCUCGAGCAGCAGAACAAAAUCAAGCAGAUCGAGUCGAAGUACGCCGCGCUGAAACAGAAGCAGCUCGAGCAGAAGUCGGAAAUUGUCGAUGCCAAGUUCCAGAUCGUCGAGACCAAGUUUGCCGCACUCAAGCAGAAGCAGGAACUGUUGCUGCAGGAGCAACAUCAGCAGCAGGUAACAACCUCCACUACUGCCAGUGCUGUUGUAGCCCAACAGCAGCAGCAGCAAGUUGAGGCGGUUUCGAAGAUCCAGCAGAUCGAAUCUAAGUACGCGGCUCAGAAGCAGGAGGAAGCCGUUUCAAAAAUUCAGCAGAUCGAAUCGAAAUACGCCGCUCGCAAAUCAUCGCUCACAGGAGUGACUGUGGAAGAGUCGGUCAAGCAGCAGCAGCAGCAGCAACAGCAAACAACUGCUUCGGUGCAACAAGAACAGCAACAAAAAACCGUUAUCUCCACCGUUGCGGUGGAAAAGGCAGCGGAAGAGCCGCUCUCGAAGCUCCAGCAGCUUGAGUCCAAGUACACUGCCCAUAUCCAGCAGGCAAAGGAACUGGUAAAAGAAUCGAUUGAAGCGACGAUUAAGAGCGAAGCUGAACCAAAACCAGAACCAAAGUCUGCUGACUCACCGCAAACGGAAUCGCUUUCGAAGAUACAGCAGAUCGAAUCGAAGUAUGCCGCCCUCAAGGCACGCCAGCAGCAGCAACUGCAGGAGAUUAAGGCGGCCGAAGUGACGACGGAUACGACCGUUACCGUAGCGCAGCAGCAGCAAACCCAAACGCCAUCUGCCGAAGAACCUCAGUCGAAGAUCGCCCAGAUCGAGGCAAAGUACGCGUUCAAGCGUCAACAAUCACUGAGCGUUGAUGAGUCGCUUAACUCGAAGCUCCCCGUUCCGGUGAAGAAGGAAGCGGAGGUACAAUCAACGGUGAAGGUUGCAAAGCAAGAGACAACAGCCACCAAGACUGAACAGGUUACGAAAACUUCGGAAGUAAAAGCUGCUGAAAUUAAGAGUGCAGAAGCUGUCAAAGUUCAGGAGACGGUGAAAGUUGAGCAGAAAGAAGUGAAGGAGUCGAAAAAGAAGAUCCCUGAACCGAUUAAGCUUACGGAACAGGCAACGAAGACUGCAGGUGAUAAGGGACCGGACUCGCCCAAGAAGGGUAAAACACCGAAGACUCCGAAAUCUCCAUCGCCCAAGAAGGAGGCUGUUCCGUUUAAACCAAAGCCGGAAGAACCUAAAAAGACCGUUGAACCGGUUAAAACUGUGCCAGCGAAGCCAGCAGAACCGACCACGCCGGAGAAAUCGGUUGAGGCAUCGAAGCCUGCUGAACCGGUAAAGGUUGACAAACCGGUAGAACAAUCGAAGCCCGCCGAAGCGGUUAAGACCUCCAAGCCUGUUGAAUCGCCAAAGCCAGUUGAAACUCCCAAGCCUGCAGAGCCAGUUAAGACUGUAAAGCCUGCAGAACCAACUAAGCCCGUUGAACCGGUUAAGACUGCAAAGUCUUCGGAGGAACCGAAGAAGCCAGCUGAACCAGCGAAGACUGUGAAGCCUGUCGAGUCUCCCAAGGCAGCUGAACCGGUGAAGGUUGAGAAACCUGCUGAGCAGGCAAAGCCUGUUGAACCGGUUAAGACUACUAAGACUCCGGAGCCGACGAAACCAUCUGAACCGGUAAAACCAGCUGAGCCAGUGAAGGUUGAGAAACCUGCAGAACCGGCAAAGCCUGUUGAACCGGUGAAGCCUGUUGAACCGGUUAAGACUACUAAGACACCGGAGCCCACGAAACCAACUGAACCGGCAAAGCCUGUCAAGCCAGCAGAGCCUGUCAAAGUUGAGAAACCAUCUGAACCGGCCAAGACCGUGAAACCUGCUGAGCCUGCAAAGCCUGCUGAAUCUGCAAAGCCUUCUCCUCCAUCGAAGAUUCCUGAGCCUACCAAACCUUCGAAGCCUGCAGAACCAAUCGCUAAACCUGUUGAACAAGCGAAGGCCACGCCUGAACCUCCCAAGAAGGUAGUGUCCGAACCGGUUAAGGUUGAGGCACCUAAAGCCACUCAACCGGCUAAGGCUCCAGAACUUGUGAAAGCUCCCGAACCGACGAAACCAACUGAAACACCGAAACCCGUUCAGGAACCUGCCAAACCUGCUGAACCAACAAAACCACUGGCAAAUAAGCCGGUGGAGUCACCUAAAGUAGCGGAACCUGUCAAGGUCGAAGAACAACCAGCUCGCCGUCCCGAUUCACCCAAGUCGGCUAAGAAAGCAUCCUCGCCGAAGAAGACAUCUCCGCCGAAGGAACCGAAGAAGGUGCCGGAACCGGUUGUGCCAAAACCGGUGGAAAAGAAGACUGAGUCCGUGAAGGUACAGGAACAGAAGAAGACUGAAACGACGACCACAACCGUUCAGAAGGCUAGUGAGAGUGUCAAACAGGUAGAGACCGUUACAACUCGCAAAGGUCGUACUACACCUGCGGCGGUGUCCGACGACGCGUCCCCGGUCGAGGGUGCCGUCGAGCAGAAGUCGCGCGAGGAAGCGCUCAACCGCAAGCUAGAGGAAAUAUACGCCCGCGAAAAGGCGACCCUAGCCGAGGCGAAGCGUAUCCGUGAGCUGGAGGAGCAGGAAAUACGGCGCAAGUUCGAGCAGCGAUCGAUCCGCGAGAUCCAACAGAUCAAGGAGACAGCUACAGAAUUUCUGCAGCAGAUUGCUGCCACCCGUAAUCUCGUCCAGUCGGUGCUGGAAACGAGUACCGAGCCGAGGGUUCCGCAAGUGACCAAAGCAGCGACAAGUGCGGCCGCAUCCGGUGGAGAAGGAAACAACUCCCAACCAAGCUCCGGAUCUGGACAGGAAGGGUCGUCCGAUCAAUCAGCUCAAGAAGCGGGUAGUGGUGGUGAUCAGGGUGCAGCACCCAACCAAUCGGAGCAAUCCGCUGGCGAACAGGGUGGUUCUGCCGGCAGUAACAACGGCAACGACGGUAACGGCGAUCGUGAGGACAAAAAGCGUACACCUCCGCCACUGCAGCUGCCUACCUUCUUCGAUCCACCGCCACCACCGGUCUAUCAGGCGACGAUCGAGGUGUUCAUCAAGAAGGAGCGUCCGCCACCACCGCCACCACCAAAGAUUACGCGCAAACUCGUAGUUAACACCGACGAGCUAGAGCGCAAAACGCAAGCCUUCUUCGACGGGGAGAUCAACGAACCCGAUCCAGACUUUUCCAUUGCGGCGGCACACCGCAAGCUCAAGGGCAUCAAGAACAUCUGCAAGAAGGCGGACGAAACCGUCCUGUACGCGGAGGACACGAUCGUGAAGGCGGAACAGGGCGAGUUCGACAGUAUCGUGAUCCCCGAGCCGGAGGAAGACAAGCGACCGCGCGAACCGGUGUACGAGUACCAGUACACGGUCGAGGAUCCGGUAACGGGAGCGCGCGUCUGCACGGCCGACCCGAACCUGGUGCUGAUCGAGAAGGAGCUAAGGAUGGAGGACCAUUACGGUUCGGCGCACUCGCGCUACUCAUCGUCGCGGUUGUCCUCGCGCAGGAGUCACACCUCGGAAGCUCAAGAGAAAGAACUAGCUGCGAUAGAGACGCGCCACGUGUCCAAGAUGUCGACGACCAACACGAAGAAGAUCCGCGUACCGACCAACAUACGGCCGCACUUCAUCAAACCGAUCCGUGGUCUCACGGUGGAGCCGGGUGAAAAUGCCAAGUUCACUGUUCAGGUGGACGAAAUGUCCAACAUGCAGUGGCUGAAGGACAACAAGCCGCUCGACGAUCGUCUAGCCGACCGUGUGAUCACGAAGGAGAACGAUGAUCUUACGUACUCGCUCGAAAUCCAGCACUGCCGUGAGCAGGACAGUGGCAUCUACACGGCCCGUGCCAUCAACGGUACGGAGAAUGCCUCCUGUACCGCUCAGCUCAUCGUUGAAACACUGACACCAGAACAGCGUAAGGCAAUGUCCGAGUCCAACUCGCCGGUGUUCUCGGUUCAGCUGAAGGACACGGAGGUCAUCGAGAAGACCUACCUCACCUUCAUGGUGAAGGUGAAGGGCGAUCCGGCACCGAAGGUUCGAUUCUGCAAGGAUGACAAGGAAAUUCUCGACACCGACAAGCGCAUGAAGAUUAACCGCGACCGGGCGGACAUCGGCUAUUACGAGCUGAUCAUCCCGGAGGUGCACAAGGGCGACUGCGGCGUGUACUCGUGCACCGCCUGGAACAAGUUCGGCACCACCAAGACCGAGGCCCAGCUGCUCGUGGCCGACCAGCUCGAUCUGUUCUCCGAGCUCGAUAAUCUGGACGACAAGACGAAGUUCGUGUGGAAGAAGAACGGCGUAGCGUUCGAUCCGGAGGAACGGUUCAAGGUGCUGAUGGCGGAUGAUUCCGACUCGCUGGCGCUUGUCUUCCAGCACGUCAAGCCCGAAGAUGCUGGACUUUACACUUGUGUUGCCGCGACGUCCUCGGGUAAUAUCCAGUGUAGCGCUGAACUGACCGUUCAGGGACAAGUGAACCAGCUGAUACAGGAACCAUCCAAGCCGCACCUGGAGGUCGAGUCGCGGGAAGCGCUGGCCCGAAUCGGCGGCAAGGCGCUGCUCGAGAUGAAGGUCAAGGGCUACCCGAAGCCGGAGAUCGUCUGGCGCCACGAGGGUACGAUCAUCGAGCCCGGCGGUCGGUACAAGUUCCUCUACGAGGACGCCGAGUCCGUGUCGCUCGUCAUCAAGGACGUGCAGCCGUCCGAUGCGGGCGCGUACUCGAUCGUGGCCCAGAACGAGCUCGGCGAAGACUCGACGUUUAUCAAUCUGGUCGUAAAGACGCCUCCCACCAUCACGAAACCGCACGAUAUGGCGGCGAUGGUGAACGAACAGUACAAGAUGUCGAUCGAGGUCAAUGCGGUGCCGGCCGCGACCGUGCGCUUCUUCCGCAACGGCAAGGAAAUCCGGGAGGACGAUCGCAUCAAAUUCCUGACCGCCGAGAACUACUACAUCAUCAAGUUCAAUCACACCGUGCUGGAGGAUGCUGGCAACUAUUCGAUCAUUGCGAUGAACGAAAUCAGCCAGGCGUCCGAGUUCUGGGAGUUUACGAUCAACUCGCCGCCGCGAACGACCCUGCGCCUGCAGGAGGAAACGGUCGUGAACGAGAAGGAGGACAUCGAGCUGGUCGUGAAGGCCGAGAGCAACCCGGCCCCGAUCGUGCGCUGGUACAAGGACGGCAAGGAGGUGGUGGCCGACGGCAAGCGCGUCGUCAUCAUUGCCGAGGACGGCCGGUACGUGCUGAAGAUUCACGCCGCCAACCGGGACGAUACCGCCCUGUACACGGCCGACAUCAUCAACGAUUACGGCACCGUGACGGAAAAGUCGCAGGUCAACGUGAGCACCAAAUCGAAGGUGCGCGAACAGCUGACCGCCCUCACCUGCAAGGAGGGCGAAACGAACGUAAUGCUCGAGGUGAAGGCGGACGGCUACCCGCGCCCGAAGGUGCAGUGGUACAUCGACGAUGUGGAGAUUACCGAGUCGCGCAACGAGUACAAGUUCCAGGAGGACGGCCUGUACUACCAGCUGGUGCUGAAGGAGGUGAAGGCGGAAAUGCAGGGCGUGUACAAGGCCCGGUUCACCAACGAGCUCGGCACGGACGAGACGAGCGCCAUGACGACGGUGCAGUGCUCGCCCAAGGUGCGCAAACCGCUCGUGGAUACGGACGUGGACGAGAACACGACGCUCACGCUCGAGGUUGAGAUCUACGCGGAGCCGGUGCCGGAGGUGACCUGGUUCAAGAACGGGCAACCGAUCCAGACGGACGCACGGCUGACGAUCAAGCGCGAUUCGCAGCGCGUCGAGAACUAUACGCUGUCGCUGACGAUGGUGCGUGGCGCCGACUCUGGUGACUACGAGGUGCGGGCCGUCAACUCGAUGGGCACUGCUACGACCAAGGGCCGAGUCGUUGUUCAAACUGUCUAUGUAGAAGAGCAGGCUGACGGGGAGCCGCCGGUAGUGAUCGAGGAGGAAGCGCUCGUUACCGAAACGGUAGCGAUCGAGGUGGAGGAAACUGUAUUGCAGGUCCAGCCGCAGGAGGAGGAGGAGCAGAUCGUCGAAGAACCGGCAGAAGAGGAGGUGCAGCCGAACGUCGUCACUGUGGAGAUGUCCGAAGAGGUCACGCUGGUGCAGGAAGUCGUCAGUGAGGUGACGAUUGCCGCGCCAAUUGCGGUACCGGAACAAGUGCCGGAGGCGAUCGAGGAUGUGCCAGCGCCCGUGCAGAAAGCGCCAGAACCAAUCUCCGAACAACAGGAGGCCAUUGUAGCGAGCCCCGGGGAGAAUGCCGAAGCCCACCGUAUGAUAAGUGAGUGUAUGAAGAUCGGUCAGCACGGUGAGACGAUCAUGGUCUCGGUAUGUACCGAGGAAAGCCACGCAGCAAUAGUCACAGGUCCCGAAGAAUCCCACUCCAUCCAUCAGAUGCGUGCGACAACGGUGAUCUUCGAGGAGGACAGUGGAUCACCGAUCGAGGUGAUGCAAAAGAUCAUCUACCCGAACAAACCGCACGCUUCGGCACUGCACGUGGAGGAGAUCGACACGAUCACCUUCACCUCGCCGGAGCAAAAGCGCCAGUAUCAGUCGCAACAGUCCGCGAGCGAUGCAGCCACCCGUACCUUUAUCGAGGAGUUCGAAUCCGACAACGAUUCUGCCGGUGGAAAGGGCAAGCUGUCGCGCGGUGUAUCGAUCAACUCCGCCUCGGAGGAUGAGCUGCAGCUGCUGUCACGUCAAGCAAGUUGCACCGAAAGUGUACCGGCGACUCCCACCAAUGCAACGCUCGGUAAGAGUGAGCUAGAAAAGGAAACGAUCUCCCAGAAAUCGUGCGAAGAGCCGAAGGUGGAGGCCGUAAAGGUGGAAGACGUACCCGAUUCUCCGCGCAAGGGUAAUUUGCUCGAGUCGGGAACGUACGAAGAGCGAGCCGGUAAGCGAUCGAUUGAAAAGAAGGUUUCCUUUGAGGAUGAGUUGUCGCCGCAGCAGGGUAAGACGCUCGAACGGCAGGAAGUGAUCGACAAUGAGCCAGAGCAACCGGAGCCGAUAAAGGAGGAGGUUGUGGAGAAACGAUCUGCCAGCAGCAAAGCGCUUGCCAAGGAACCGAUUGUGGACGGUACUGUGGAGGAGAGUGCUGAAAAGGCUGUUAUUAGCGAAGAAUCACAAGAACCGGCACGUCCAGAAGCAUCGCCGGAGAUCCUGAAGACGGAUAUUGCCGAUGUGACGACGUUCGACUCGCUGCCGCUGAUCUGGACCGUGGAAGCCGACGGUAUUCCACGCCCGGAGGUGUGCUGGUACCACAACGACGAGCUGGUUAAAUCUAGCGAUCGUAUCCGCAUCACUGACUCGGGUACGACGUACAAGAUCGAAAACCGUGACGUGAAGGAAGCAGAUGCUGGCGAAUGGAAGGCCGUGGUGAAGAACCGCAUUGGCGAAAAGUCUCUGCCAGCGAAGCUGACCGUUAUUCCUUGCAAGGAAUAUCGCCGUCCGAAGUUCAUGAAGGGACUGCAGAACAUCUCCGUGCACAAGAACGAACCGGUAACGCUGUCCGUAACGCUUACCUCGGACCCGGAGCCGGAGAUCACCUGGCUGCAGAACGGCAACGAGGUGAAGGCGGACGACUACAUCGUGCUGAAGACGGAGAUCAAGGAGCUGGAGUACAACCUGAAGGAGAUCACGUACACGCUGCACAUUGAUCAGGCCCGGCACUACGACACCGGUGACUACACCUUCCAGGCGAAGAACAAGUACGACGUGAGCGAAUCGAACGGCCGGCUGGAUGUGCUGCUGAAGCCGGAGAUUGAGAACUUCCGCGACACGACGGUGCUGCCGUUUACGCAGGGCGUCUUCCAGGUGCUGGUGAAGGCUAACCCCAAGCCGAAGGUCACCUGGACGAAGGAUGGGCUGAACCUGUGCAACAACGAUAACUGCGACGUGAUUGCGGACAUUGAGAAGGAAGUCUACACGUUGGUGAUUGAAUCGUGUGCUCUGGCCGAGCACGGUACCUACACGCUGACGGCUUCCAACGCUCAGGGCGAAACGGUCGCCACCGCUAACCUCAACGUGCACACCGAGAAGCCCAAGUUCACCAAGGAACCGGACAGUCUUACCGUGCACGAUUGGGCCGACGUCUACAACAAGGUGGUGGUGCAGGGCGUACCACGCCCAGCCAUCCAGUGGCUGCACAACGGUACCCCGCUCGAUACGCAGGAGAUCGACGAGGAGUCGCAGGAGCCGAAGAUCAAGAUCGUCACGUCUGGCGACACGGAGGUGACGAGCGAACUGUUCAUCACGCACUUCGGACCGGAGCUGCAGGGUGAAUACUCCUGCCUGGCGACGAGCAUUGGCGGCGAAACCGAGGCCAAGUUUAACAUCCAGGUCAAGAACGAGCAGCCCGUGUUCGGUAAGGGACUGGAGCGUUCGCUCGAUCUGGAGGAGGACGACCGUUUGGAACUGCGCUGCAUCGUCGACGGCAGUCCGCUGCCAAAGAUGACCUGGUACAAGGACUCCAAUGAAAUCAAGGCCGACGAUCAUGUUAAGAUCACUUAUGGACAUGACGGCAUCUGCCGCCUGGUGAUCGAUAACGUUCUCCCAGGAGACAGCGGCUGCUACAAGUUGGUGCUGUCGAACAAGAGUGGUGAUGUGACCACGCAGUGCGGUGUUGCUAUCACUCCAAAGCAAAAGCCGCCGGUGUUUGUGCGCCCGCUGCAGGACCACAAGCUGACCGUGGGCGACACGCUGCACAUGGAGGCGGAGAUCGCCGGCUUCCCGAUGCCGGAGGUGCGCUGGUUCAAGGACGGGCUGCCGCUGCGUCAAAUCCGCGGCAUCAACUUCAUCAACCAGCCGGACGGUUUGGUCGGCUUCAUCAUCGACAGGGUGACGGCCGAGGACGCCGGCAUCUACACGUGCGAGGUGAAGAACAAGAACGGCGAGGCCAAGUCCGCCUCGCUCACGGAGAUUGUGCCGAAGGGCAAGAAGCCACAGUUUGUCAGCGAGCUGAUGAACGCCAACAUUGUGGAGGGUUUCCCGAUCAAGCUGACCGUGAAGGUGAUUGGCUACCCGCAGCCGGCGGUUAAGUUUACCCACAACGGUACGCUGGUGGCUGGCGAUCGGUACAGGAUCACCGAGGAAGGCGAGGGUGCCUUUACGCUGGCGCUGGACAAAACGACCGGCACGGACUGUGGCGAGUAUCAGGCGAUCGCAACGAACGAGCACGGCGAAACGAUCAGCGCGGCGACGGUGAACAUUCUGCCCACGACCGAUCCGUCGCUGCCGGAGGAGCCACCGAGCUUCCUGGGCGGGCUGCGCGACAUCACGGCCGACGAGGGCAAGGAGCUAACGUUCUCGGCCCGCUUCGCCGGCAAUCCGGCACCGGAAGUGAUCUGGACGAAGGACGGCGAACCGCUGCAGCCGACCGGUCGCGUGUCGGUGACCUGCGACGGCAAGAGCGUCGGGUUGACGAUUACGCCCGCCGAGAUGUCGGAUUCGGGCGAGUACGCUUGUCUGAUGGCGAACCCGCUGGGUGAAACGGAAACGCGUGCCGCCGCCAUCGUGCGCAAGGUGUUCCAGAAGCCGAACUUUGUGUAUCCGUUCUCCGACAUGCAGCAGCUGCCAGGGCUGGAGGCUAAGUUCCCAGCCAAACUGGUCGGUGUGCCGCGCCCGGAGGUGCAGUGGUACAAGAACGAGUCGCCCAUCCAUCCGGACGAUCGGUACAAGAUGAAGUACGAGGGCGACUGCGUCUGCCUGUACAUCAAGGAGUGCGCCCCGGAGGACACCGGACUGUACUCGUGCACGGCGACGAACCGCGAAGGUAGCAGCACCAUCGAGGCGAAGCUGGAUGUCGUUACGCGAAUUGAGAAGCGCGAUGAGCCGACGCCACCAUCGUUCAUGAAGAAGCUCAACGAUAUGACGCUGCUGGACGGUAUGAAGGCGAAGCUGACUGUGUGCGUCGACGGUUUCCCGAUGCCCACGGUCGAAUGGAUCCGCGACGGUCGCCGGCUGGUGCCGAGCGAGAAGUACCGCAUCGAGGCGGAGAAGAACGGACUUGCCCGUCUGAUCGUGGAUGACGUGCAGGAGGAAGAUCUCGGCCGGUACAGCUGCAAGGCGGUGAACAACCUGGGCGAGGCUAUCUGCCACGCUAACCUGAAGUUCGAACCAUCCGACUACCGUCCGCGUCGUCGCUACGUCAAGGGCAAGGGCAAGGAUCUGCUCCACACGCCACCGUACCCGCUGACGGAGAAGCCGAUCAUCUCGAAGCUGUCCGACCGGCGGCUGACGCUUUCGUGGCGCCCUUCGAUGACGACCGUGCCGCGCUAUCCGGUCACUUAUCAGCUGGAAAUGAUCGAACUACCGGACGGCGAGUGGCACACGACCCGUUCCGGCAUCCGCGGCUGCUCGUGCGAGGUCCGCAAUCUGGAACCGUUCCGCGAGUACAAGUUCCGCAUUCGCGUCGAGAAUCUGUACGGCGUAAGCGACCCGAGCCCGUACGUGCAGACGUACCGGCAGAAGCUGGAACCGGAACCGCCCGUGUUCUAUCCAUACCUGGGGCCGGGCCGUGACUUCCGCCCUGACACGUCGGCGCACUAUCCGCGCGACUUUGACGUGGAGCGUCCGGGGCACCGCCAUCAGGCACAGGCGCCCGAGUUUCUGCGCCAGGAGCAGCCGGUCCAGUACGGUACGAAGAAUCACAACGUCAGCCUGUUCUGGUUCGUGUACGGCUAUCCGAAGCCUACAAUGACCUACUACUUCAAUGAUCAGAUCAUUGAGGCGGGCGGCCGUUAUAGCUUCAGCUACACGCGCAACGGACAGGCGACGCUGUUCAUCAACCGUAUGACCGAUCGGGACGUCGGUGUCUAUGAGGCGGUGGCCACGAACGAGCACGGCUCGGUGCGGCAGCGCGUCUGCCUGGAGCUGGGCGAGUAUCCGCGAUUCCUGCAGCGCCCGGAGGAGGUGUUCAUUAUGGGGCGCCGAUCGGGACGCGUCGAGGCGAAGAUUACCGGUGUACCGUUCCCGGAUAUUAAGUGGUACAAGGACUGGCAGCCGAUCCACGAAUCUUCUCGUAUCAAGAUGAUCUUCUACGAGCCGGACACGUGUGUGCUGCUGCUGACGGACGCGAUCAAGAAGGACGAAGGCCUGUACUCGAUCAGCGCGCGCAACGCAAUCGGCUCGAUCAGCUCGUCCGUGACGGUGCACGUGGAGGACAACGAGGAGGACUACGUGUACAAUGCGCAUCACCGCACGCCGUACGUGCGCGCCCGCAACAAGGUGUACCAGGACUUCUACGAUCUGGGCGACGAGAUUGGACGUGGCACGCAGGGCAUAACGUACCACGCGACGGACCGUUCGAAUGGGCGUAACUUUGCCGCCAAGAUCAUGUACGGCAGCCCCGAUCUGCGUCCGUUCAUGUUCAACGAGGUGGACAUCAUGAACAUACUGAACCACCGCAAGCUGAUCCGGCUGCACGACGCGUACGACAUUAACCGGUCGAUCACGCUCAUCCUGGAGCUGGCAUCGGGCGGUGAGCUGGUGCGGGACAAUCUGCUCAAGUACGAUUACUACACCGAGCGGCAGAUCGCGAUCUACGUGUACCAGGCGCUGCUCGGGUUGGAGCAUAUGCACACGCGCGGCAUCGCGCACAUGGGACUCACCAUUAAGGAUCUGCUGAUUGCGCACCCCGGUAGCGAUAAUCUGAAGAUCUGUGACUUUGGGCUGGCACGGCGCAUUGAGGAUGACAAGCUGUACACGCUCGACUACGGUAUGCCCGAGUUUGUCGCGCCGGAGGUGAUCAAUCGCUGCGGUGUCGGUCUGGGACAGGAUAUGUGGUGUGUUGGUAUCAUCACGUACAUUCUACUCGGUGGCGUUAGCCCGUUCCUGGGUCGUAAUGAUCGCGAAACGCUGACGCGCGUCAAGGAGGGCAAGUGGACGUUCAUCGGCUCGGUGUGGGAGAACAUUUCGACUGAGGCGCGUGACUUCAUCACCCGCCUGCUGGUGUACGAGGAGAAGCACCGUAUGACGAUUCGCGACGCACUGAAUCACUCAUGGUUCGAUGUGAUCUACCGCCGUACGUUCGAAGAGUACCAGAUCGGUACGGAUCGGCUGCGCAGCUACUACUACCACUAUAGGGACUGGUACACGAACGCAUCCUGCCGCACCUGGUACCGGCGCCGUCCGUUGAUGAGCUGCUUCGACCAUCCGUCGCGCAUGGUGUACCCGCCGGGCAUUAUCUUCACGCCCGAGGGCACGCCACCACCGAUGCAGGUGGACGACAUCCCGCACAAGCGCAAGAAGUGGGAGGAGUACGUGUCGAAGGACAACCAUCCCGACUACGAGACGGCUUCGUUCAAGUCGGAAAGCCACUACCAGUACGGACCGGACACGUAUCUGCUCCAGCUGCGUGACACCACCUUCCCGUGCCGACUGCGCGAGUACAUGAAGAUCGCGAAGCACCGUUCGCCAAGCUUGGUGUCGGAUUCGAACUACGAUGGCAGUCUUCCCAUCAUCCGUGAGCGUCGCCGCUUUACGGACGUGAUGGACGAGGAGAUUGAUGACGAGCGUCGCAGCCGCAUCACGCGCUACGGCACGGACGACAGCAUUACGGUGACGCGCCGGCUGCGCAACGAGGUCGGCACGCGCCUUGGCUCGUACGCCGAGGCGGAAGCGCUGAUCGAGUGCAAGCGCGAGGGUCAGCCGCCGUUCUUCCGCGAAAAGCCGCAAACGAUCGCGAUCCGCGAGGGCGAACCGAACCAGAUCAUCUGCUACGCGGUCGGUGAUCCGAAACCAUCGGUCACGUGGUUCCGCAACGACAUGGUCAUCACCGACACGAACCGCAUCAAGGUGCUGGACGAUGUGGACGGCCGCUCGGUCAUCCAGUUCCAUCCGGCCACGCACAACGAUGUCGGUGUGUACAAGGCGGUGGCAAGCAAUCGCGUCGCAAAGACGGUCGCGCGCUGCCGCGUGGUGAUUGCCGUCAUUCCGGACGCACCGGAUGCGCCGGACGCGGUGGCCGUGAGCGACACGGAGGUGCUGCUGCGCUGGAAGCAACCGCGCAGCGACGGCAACUCGCAGGUCAUCUGCUACAGCCUGGAGCAGAAGGAGCACGGCAAGGCGGACUGGGUCGACGUGGCGAGCAACAUCGAUCACGAGUUCUUCCUGGUGCACGAUUUGCGCCCGACCGUGGGCUACCAGUUCCGGCUGGCGGCGUACAAUCGUAUCGGCUGGAGCGAUCGCGGCCUGCCGACCAAGACGAUCACGACGCUCGAGCCGGGUGCGCCCAAGAUUCAGAUUACGCGCGCGAUGAAGCAUCUGCAGCAGCUGACGGAGUCGGGCCAGCAGGUAGGACCGGAGGAGCGCACGGGCCGGCUGGACUACAGCUACGAGAAGACGCCGCUCAAGUGGAGCAUCGAGGGCAACUACAACGAGAAGUACACGUUCAUGUCGGAGAUGGCGCGCGGCCGGUUCUCGAUCGUGGUGAAGGGGCUGGAGAAGGCGACGGACAAGAUUGUGGUGGCGAAGAUCUUCGAGCUGGGCGACGAGCGGUCGGCCGAGGCGGUGGAGCGUGAGUUCGAUGUGCUGCGCACGCUGCGCCACGAGCGCAUUGGGGCGCUGCUCGCUGCGUUCCGGCCGAAGAACACGUCGAUUGCGGCGCUGGUGAUGGAGAAGCUGCAGGGCGCCGAUGUGCUGACGUACCUGAGCAGCCGCUCGGAGUACAGUGAGCAGAUUGUGGCGACGAUCGUGAACCAGGUGCUGGAUGGGUUGCAGUACCUGCACUGGCGCGGCAUCUGCCAUCUGGACCUGCAGCCGGACAACAUCGUGAUGGCGUCGGUGCGCCAGGUCAACAUCAAGCUGGUGGACUUCGGAUCAGCCCAGUACGUGUCGAAGCUCGGCACGAAUGUUACCCGCUCGGGCUGGCUGGACUUUAUGCCACCGGAGGUCCUGAACGAUGAGCCGGCGCUGCCACAGACCGACAUCUGGACGGUCGGCUGCCUGACGUAUCUGUUCCUGUCCGCCACCAGCCCGUUCCGUGGCCAGGAUGAGGCGGAAACGCGUGCCAACAUUAGCUUCGUGCGCUAUCGCUUCGAGAACCUGUUCAAGGAGGUCACCGCGGAAGCAACGCGCUUCCUGAUGCUCAUCUUCAAGCGAGCACCAAACAAACGUCCAACGGUCGAGGAGUGCUUCGAUCACCGCUGGCUGGUGCACACCGACUUCAUGACGAAGAAGCGCGAGAGGGCGAUCUUCCCUGGCAACCGUUUGAAGCAAAUUUCCGAAGAAUACCAUACGAUGAAAACGAACGAAGCCACCAAGUCGGAGACGAUCUCCAACUUUGGUGGCCAAUCCCCGCGCCAGCUGUUGCGUUCCAACAGCAUUCAGGAGGAGCUGCUGACCACCUUCUAAAAAAAAAACACUAUCGCGGCUUUAUACUUUUCUCGCUCCCUAUCGCGUGUUUCAAUGUUCCGUUUUCAGCGUUAGUUAUUUGCUUUGUUUUUGCUUCUUCUAGUAGAAAAUGUGGCUCUUGUUUUCCCCUCUGUUGCUAUUUCGCAGUAAAUAGCACUAGAAUGCUUGAUGCGCCCGGGUUUUCUCGUCUCAUUGGGCGUUCUUUACCGCUCGCUGGUGUCGAGUUUAUUAAACCCCAUUGAAAAGACCCGAGAAAGAGCUUUAUUGGGCGUUUCUUUUCCCUUUUGGUUUCGUUUGUUCAAAGUAGCUUUCGAUCUGUCGAGUUUCGGCUUUGCUUAUCCCAUUUUCUGUCCCCUAGCACUGGAAAAGAGUUCUUAUAUAAACGAAGAUCAAACGAUUUAAAGAAGUAAAGAAAGGAGAGAGAAAAAACAUUAGAAAAAAGGGUUUUUACACUUAAACCAACAAAAAAAAACAAUGAAACGAGUAAACACAAUUCAUGUUCUUUCUAUACAAUCGUACGUUUAUACAAACACGCGCAGCACACAUACACAUUUUGCCGGUAUGUGGUGCUGCCUGUUUGGAGUUGUUCGGGAGAGCCGCUAAUAAAAAAAGGGAUUUUGGACCACGCAAUUCCCCGGGGGAUCUUUUUUUAUAUGACUUUUUUAACCGCAAACCACCACUGUUAUACACACAUCCCUAAGAAAAACCGGGGCUUUGUGCUGGUCCGCCCGCCGCUGCAGCGUGUUGCUUUAGUUUAGUUAUUUAGAGAAAUGUUAGCAAAAAGAAUAGAAAAGAAGAAAGAGAAAAAAUCUGCCGUUUGUGUACUCCCUUCACCGGCAGGGGGUGGAUGUGGUGCGGGUUUCCGGGUUUUGAGCCGUGAAACGCACCACAAUUUUCCACCAUCGAAGGAAACAAACAAUCUAAAAAAAAAUAGGGAGGAAUACAGAGUGUAACUUAUUUAUUUGUAUAUUGUAUAUUUACUCUAUUACGUAUUGCUUUAGUGAUACACAAAGUGCUACAUUUUGCUGCUUCAUUUGCGACUCGCGAUCAUUACAGUGUGGUCAGGGUAUCGAAUGGAGCGGGGGGGUUUUCUUUUUAUUCAUUCACUUCAGCCAAUUUAUCAGUCAUUAGGAGAAGGUAAUCGGACCGGUAAAGUGUAACUGGAUGUUGGAUAAAUAAAAUUGUUUUUACGUUUCUGUUCAAAUAGCAAAA